AUGGCCAACGCAGGCAAGAUAGAUCCAAAGUCUCUACUGGAAAAUGACAGUAAUAGAUUGCUUGGUAAACGUAAAAUACAAGAACUCGUCGAAACUGUCGACCCUUCAGAGACUUUAGAUCCUGAAGUAGAGGAUCUUAUGCUUGAAAUCGCAGAUGAAUUCAUCGAAAGUGUCACGAACUUUGGGUGUAUGCUCGCAAAGCAUCGCAGAGGUGAUACUCUCGAAGUAAGAGAUCUUCAAUUGCAUUUGGGUAGGUAUCUUCCUUAUUGA